AAAAUGGAUGGAGGCAAUCAGUCUGUGGUGUCAGAAUUUAUACUUUGGGGACUUGCCAAUUCGAAGAAUCUGCAGGUCUUACUCUUUGUGAUGUUUUUGAUACUUUAUCUGUUCAUUGUAUCUGGAAAUAUUGUCAUCCUUGUUUUAAUCACCACUGACCGCCAUCUCCACUCUCCCAUGUACUUCUUGUUGGCCAACUUGUCCUUUGUUGAUAUGUGUCUUUCUUCAAACACCACUCCUAAGAUGAUAUCAGACUUUCUCAGGGAAGUCAAGACUAUUUCCUUUGCAGGUUGCAUGUCUCAGGUCUUCUUUUCUCAUUGCAUUGGUGGAGGAGAGAUGGUGUUGUUGGUGGUAAUGGCUUAUGACCGCUAUGUGGCCAUUUGCAAACCACUCCACUAUUUUACCAUUAUGAACCUGAAAAGAUGCACUGGGUUGGUGCUGAUUUCUUGGACUACUGGCUUUAUACAUGGUAUAAGUUACUUUUUAGUGGUUGUGCAGCUGCCUUUUUGUGGCCCCAAGGAAAUAGACAGCUUUUUCUGUGACAUGCCAUUGGUGAUCAAGCUAGCCUGCAUGGAUUACCAUGAUUUAAAUACUUUAAUGAAUGCUGAAUGUGGGGUUGUGGCUGUAACCUGCUUCUUUCUGUUGCUCGUAUCCUACACAUAUAUCCUUUUCACUGUUUGCCAGAGCUCUAAAGCUGGUGUAUCUAAGGCUCUGUCCACAUGCAGUGCCCACAUCACAGUGGUGAUGAUCUUCUUUUUGCCCUGCAUCUUCAUCUAUGUGUGGCCCCUCAGUAUCACUUGGUUGGACAAAUUUCUUGCCGUGUUUUACUCUGUUUUUACACCUCUUCUGAACCCAGCCAUUUAUACACUGAGAAAUAAAGAGAUGAAAAAUGCUAUGAAAAGGUUCAUAGGCAAAUUUCUGGGUCCCAAAGGAAAUUCAUAAUAUUAAAAAUGUGUUCCAAUUACUUCAGAUAAAGAGACUAACUGUAUUAAAUAGAUUCAAAACCAGCAAAUAUGACUUACAUUGAA